AUGUCCCCCGAAAUCAACACCACCUUACCUCACUACAGGUACUACCUGUCCCCUCCCUCAGAUGCGCCGCCGUAUCUGCGGCACACCGAUGCGCGAUCCAUUCCGUCCGUGCCGUUGCGGAACCUCUCUCUGUCUCUCCUCGCCGUCGACCUGCUGGCUGCAGUGGUCCGUCCCCCUUCCCUGAAGCCCCCAGCCAUUGAUUGCAUCGAACCGGACCCUGUUGCACCACCGCCCGUUGCCCGCUCUUUGUUCGUCGUGGUGCAACCAGGGAGUUUUGUGGGCGAGACGAGGCACAGAGACUGUAGGAGGAAGAAACACGCCCCCUUCUUGUCUUGA